GGAGUGCAAUCAAUCAUUCAAUCAAUCAGCGACCAUGCCUCCACGCCCCAAACGAGCCCCAGCAUGGAACACUUCCGAGCUGCAGGACCUCAUCAGUGUUUGGGGUGAGGAAGCUGUGCAAUCACAGCUGCGCUCCAGCCGGAGAAAUUAUGAUACCUAUGGGCAGAUAUCAAAGUCCUUGCUGCUAAGGGGCCAUGAAUGGGACGCGUUGCAGUGCAGGGUAAAAGUAAAGGAGCUGCGCAGUGCCUAUUGCAAAGCCUGUGAGGGAAACCGCCGCUCAGGAGCUGCCCCCACGACCUGCCAUUUUUACAAGGAGCUGGAUGCCAUACUUGGGUGUGACCCCACUGCCAAUCCGAGGAGCACGAUGGAGAGUUCAGAGCAGGGAGAAGCGGGGGAGGGUGUAGACGAAGCGGAGAGUGAGGCUACUGGGAUGGAGGGAGACACCCUGGAGUCCCAGGAGGCAUGCAGCCAGGAGCUCUUCUCAAGCCAGGAGGAGGCUAGCCAGUCGCAGCAGCUGGAACUUGUUGGUGAAGAGGAAGCAGAGGAGCGUGUUCCCGAAACCUCAGCCCUCUGGCAGUUCCCCUUCCCAGGUGAAGUCGCGGCAGAAACACUCACCCCAUUGCUAGACAUGCCUAUGCCUUCGCUGCCGUGGCCUCUCUGUGCUAUGUUAGGUAUGUGGGAAUGAUGCUAC